AUGGGCGAAGACCCGAAGCGCUUCGACUUCGGGUUCGCUUUCAACAACGCCGACUUUGCCGAUCGCAUCGUGCAGCUUCGUAUUUGCCCUGACGAAGCCACGACCCCCCGUCGCUCCAGCAGCAGCGGAAGCUUCGGCGCUGCCUCCGGCGGCUCUCCGUCUCGAGGAGGCGGAAGCCCCCUUUCCCCCACCGCCGCCGCCGUCGCCGUAGCUGCCGCAUCUGCCGCCGGGAAUCUAGGAAAGAGAUGUUCGUCAAUCGGAGGGGGAGCAGGGGGGGUGGAGCGGGAGGGCGGUGGAAGCGAUUGUGCGGAUCUCAUGGACCUAUCGGGCGAAGGGGGGGAGGGGGAGGCGGAAGGGGAGGGGAGCGCGGGCGCCGGGGAUGGGGAUGGGGAGGGGGAAGGGGAGGGAAGGCGGGACGGGGAGGGGCAGACGAGAAGGUACUCCUUUGACGGCCGAGGGGGUACGAGAGGCGCGAGCGGCGAGUUGUCGUUUCUAGCUGCUGUGAACAAUCAUUCGCAAGCCAUACCGCUGGCAGCAGGUUUGGGACCAGACCAAGCGGCAGCUCUGACAAGAGGGCUUGCACCGUUUGAGUCAAGCCAAAGGCAAAUCGCAGGGGCGGUGAUGGGGACAGGGGCGUGUGGUGGGUGCGGCUUGGUUGGGAGCGGCAGCAUUGCUGCUCACCUGGGCGGCAGUAGCGGGAAUCUGGGCGGCAGUGGGGGUGCAAAUCUGGGCGGCAGUCUGAAUCUGGGUGGCGGCGGCGGCGGCGGUGGUGUGACGAUAGGGAGUUGUGGGGGGUACAGAGUGGUGAAUCUGCAUCUGUCCUCGGUGGUGCUGGCAGCCAAGUCUGCCUUCUUCCGCACGCUCUUCACCUGUGGCUUUAAGGAGACGUGCCAGAACAACCCUGUCGUGCUCAACGUCUCACCAGAAGAGGAAGGCCCAGUGAUCGACCUGCUGCGGUUCAUCUACACGGGCGACAUGGCGGAGGGCAGCAGCGACCCCGAGGACAUCAUCAAGAUGUACCUCGUGGCAGACAAGUUCGGCGUCGCCUCGUGCAUGAAGAUCUGCCUGGAGCGCCUCGUCAACCUCCCCAUGACCGUCCCCACCGCCUGCCUCUACCUCUCGCUCCCCGACUCCAUGCACUCGCAUAGAGGGGUCGCGCAGCUGCUGGAAGCUUCUCGGGGGUUUCUGGUGGCGCAUUUUAGGGAUCUGGAGCGCGUGCACAAGGGGGAGGAGUUUCUGGAGCUGCCGCUGGUGGGCGUGCAGACUCUGCUGGCCAGUGACGAGCUGAAUGUGAGGGACGAGCUCACGGCGUUUCACGCCAUGGUGGAGUGGCUGAGGCAUCACCAUGAUGAUCUGGACGACAGGAAGCGGGCAGCAGUGCGUCUAGCGGAGCACGUGCGCUUCCCCCUCAUGACAGGGGACGACCUCGAGGAUGUGGUGCUCAAGGCGCCUGAGGUGGACAGCCCCGAGUGCCAGGCGCUGGUGAGGGAAGCAGCAUGGUUCCGGGCAUACAGCUUGGUGCGUCGCCUGCGCCUCAUGAACGAGACGGCCGCCACGCACAGGCGCUUCUGGCAGCGCCGCUGGAACCGCAACUCCGUGGGCCACGUGUACUUCGAUAUUCACCUGGAGAGGUUUCAGGCGCUGGCAGUGGCAGCGACGGUGGAGUCUGCCACGUUUGGGAUCGGUGGGAAGCGGUUCUACCUGUCAGCCCGGCACGGCAGGCGGGACGAUGGCACGGAAACGCUUGACAUCCACCUUCACCUGGAGAACAGCCACAGCGUGCAGCCGGAGAUCCAGGUGAGCUUCAUAUUCUACGCCAAGCGGUGGCCCGAGGGCCAGUUUGACUACCUGCGGGACCGCGUCACCAAGGGGUUUGGGCGCAACGCGAGCAACUGGGGGUACAGCAACAUCCUGGGGCGGCCGUGGGCGGAUGUGGUGCAGGACGAGAGCAAGUACUUCAAGAACGGCGUCAUGUCCGUCUUUGCUGAGGUGCAGAUCCUAGAGGAUGCUGGGAGGGGGCCCGUUGUAGGGGGAUGUCUGAAGAUGUCGGGAGAGAGCUGGUUGUGUGGGGGUGAGGAUUGGAACGGGUGGGGGCUAGAGAGGGCAGAGGAGAAAGGAGGGUUUGAGGGGCUUCAAAGAAUGCAUUUUGUAAGGGGGGUUGCAGAAGGGCAUGUAUCUAAGGAUGCUGCGAGAGAGCCCGUUGUGUGGGGGGAUGAGGAGAGGAGAGGAUGGGGCCGUUGA